GGCAGGGUAGCCAGCGGCUGCAUCUGAGGCGGACGCCGCAGUGUAGGGCACACCCUGAGGGUAGCGAGAGACGUGACAGGACCGAGCAGCUGGGGGCUGCAGCCUGCUGUGUCCCCACCGAUCCCAGAGAGAGGCUGUGAGUCUGGAUCUGGGCGUUCGCACCCUGAGAGAGGGGGUCAAAGCUCCCCUGCGGCCCCGAGGAAGAAGAGCAAGGUUGAGGACCGCCUCGGGUCACCAGAGUAGUUUGGAGGCAGGCCUGCAGGCGCGUCCCCGCUCCUCAGCUCCAAGCUGACGUAUCUACACCUGCCGGCGGGCAUUGAGAUGGCUGGUUAUGCCACUACUCCCAGCCCCGUGCAGACCCUUCAGGAGGAAGCGGUGUGUGCCAUCUGCUUGGAUUACUUCAAGGACCCCGUGUCCAUCAGCUGCGGGCACAACUUCUGCCGAGGGUGUGUGACCCAGCUGUGGGGUAAGGAGGACGAGGAGGAAGAUGAAUGGGAGGAGGAGGAGGAGGACGAGGAGGCGGUGGGGGCCGUGGAUGGAUGGGACGGCUCCAUUCGAGAGGUGUCGUAUCGGGGGAAUGCUGACGAAGAGUUGUUCCAAGACCAAGAUGACGAUGAACUCUGGCUCGGUGACAGUGGUAGAACUAAUUGGGACAACGUAGACUAUAUGUGGGACGAGGAGGAAGAAGAAGAGGAAGAUCAGGACUGUUACCUAGGAGGCUUGAGACCUGACCUGAGGAUUGAUGUCUACCGAGAAGAAGAAGAAACACUGGAAGCAUACGAUGAGGACGAAGAUGAAGAGCUGUAUCCUGACAUCCACCCGCCUCCUUCCUUGCCCCUUCCAGGGCAGUUCACCUGCCCCCAGUGCCGAAAGAGCUUUACACGUCGCAGCUUUCGUCCCAACUUGCAGCUGGCCAACAUGGUCCAGAUAAUUCGCCAGAUGUGCCCCACUCCUUAUCGGGAAAACCGGAGUAAUGAUCAGGGCACGUGCUUUAAACACCAGGAAGCCCUGAAACUCUUCUGUGAGGUGGACAAAGAGGCCAUCUGUGUGGUGUGCCGAGAAUCCAGGAGCCACAAACAGCACAGCGUGCUGCCUUUGGAGGAGGUGGUUCAGGAGUACCAGAAGAUAGGGUCAACUUCUUCAGUUGAGUUAUCUGAAAGUGUUGGGCAGUGACACCAUGCCAAACACUGUUAAAUUCAUGCCAUUAAAAACAGUGGAGUGUUCUGCAAAGCCCGAUUCUCUGCAGCUUUAAGACUGGACAGUAUUGAAAUAUUCACAGGAAUCUUCCAAGCCAUGAAAGCUUAAUAUUAGACAGCCUUUUUAAUUGCAAAGGAGAAAAAAAUGGAGACACUUGUGAAACCUUGCAUUCUGAGUGCUGCCACAAAUAAAUUAAGGAAUUCCAGAAUUUCUUCAUCUACUUCUGCAGUCUUAACUCUGAAUUAAUGACUGAAUAUAUCAAACUUCAGAUCUUAAAAAACAUCAGCUCGCAAGAGGCUGAGGCAGGAGAAUGACAUGAACCUGGGAGGCGGAGCUUGCAGUAAGCCAAGACUGAGCCACUGCACUCCAGCCUGGGCAAUAGAGCAAGACUCCAUCUCAAAAAAAAAAAAAAAAAAAUCGGCUCAUCUUUUAUUGCUGUUGGUUGAGAUGAAUCUACUGAUGAAGAAAACUGUACUUUGCUUACAUUCAGAAUAAGGCUUUCAAAACUGUGGAUGUGCUGUUUUCGUGAGCCUUCUACUUGACCACCAAAGACAGUAUUUUUGCAGCUGUAUCAAAUGAACCGAGUUGGAGGAAAUUGUAUAGGAGUAUAUCUUAAUGGCACUACAGCAAACUGUGUUAAAUUUGGGUUUUUGGCAAAGAUUGAAGAAAACUGGUAUUCAAGAUGUACUGCAGCUGUCACCACCAAGCAUGAACUUUCACUGACUACCCAUAACCUACUGGAAAUCUUCAGCCUUGCUGUCAGCAUAGACCACUGUGAGAAACAGUACAUUCCAUUCCAGUCUGCCCUGCUUUUUGAUGAUCUAAAUGCCAUUCCAUGUUUUCUGUUACAUAUUGAAGUUUCUUGGUUGUCAAAGAAAAACGGAUUCUGCUGAACUUGUGGACAGAACAACCCCAAGGUUGGAAGAACAAUGAAAAAUAAUCUAUACUUGAACAUUUCAAAAGUUAAAAUUUUUAACAGAGUUUUAACACACUGAAGCUUAAAAUACAUUGACACUGAAAUGUCAAGGGGCAAACACCAAUUUCGCCGUUCAUUAUGAAAUACAUCAAACAAAACUUGCCAAAAAUACAACCAUAAAAAUAUAGCAAAUGUAUGUAUGAGCAAACUAAUGCUAAAAAUGUCUAAUUUUCUUGGCUAGUCUUUCAAGGACCAGAUUCAUGAAUGUCAUUUGAAGGGAAAAAGUGAAAUACUUGGAAUUAUUUUGAGUGAUGUGCUCCUGAGCUUGUUCUUAAAAUCUACCAGUGGUAGCUUUUGGAAAGAAUGUGUUUCAUACCAAUGUGCAGGCCUCACCGGAAGAGCUUCAAGAGGAGUUUGUGAAACUCAAGGUCUAAUGGUUUUGACUAGAAACUUCCAGGCAAAUACUGUAGAGAAACUUGGGUGUAAAAUGACUAAACAGAUGAAAAGGCUUUAUCCACUAUUCCAUUUGCUCCUUACACCUUAAAAAGCUUUUUUAUUUUUUAAUGUUUUGAUAUAUCUAGCUUUGGGGAGAAAGCAGUGCAAGAGUGUUAUUAAAAGCAGCUUGUGUUUUCUUGCACCUUUUACACCACCCAGGAAAGAAAAGUUCAGGCUUAACAGUGACAUGGCUAUCACAUCAUCUGAAUAAAUUUUUUCCUUCUAAAAUUA